UGUCUGAAAGGACCAAGAGAUGAUGGGAGUGAGUCAAUGAGAUGAGGAAGAAGAAAAGUCUACCUCCACAUUCAGACAGGGACUCCAGCAGAACAUACGCCUGGUCUCCAUAGCAGCUCUGCUGGCCCGUCUGCCUCCUGUAGAAUGGAUUGGCGGACUCCGGACGGAAUUCAGGGUUUGGAUCCUGAGCCAGAAUCCCCUUCAGCUUCUGGAGGUCAUACACCCAGUGCAGGGGCUGAGCUGUGUGGACAAGUCCUAAGGUCAAUCUGCUUCACCGAGAGAGGAGCCAUGAAGUGGACCUGGGUGCUGGUGGCAGUUUUGCUGUCCGUAGGGCGGCUAUCACUGGGCAAUGAGAGCUUGGACUUCCCUGAGUAUGAUGGCAAGGAUCGCGUCCAUGACCUCAACACCAAGAACUAUAAGUCUGUGAUGAAGAAGUACGAUGUCAUGGUGGUUUACUACCAUGACCAUCCCGGAUCCAGCCGCGUCGCCCAGAGACAGUUUGAGAUUGAAGAGUUGACCCUUGAGCUUGCAGCCCAGGUCCUGGAUGAGUUCGAUGACGAGGAUAUCGGAGUCGGUCUCAUUGAUGCAAAGCACGACAAAGUUGUUGCAAAGAAAUUAGGUCUUGAUGAGUCCGACAGCAUCUUCAUCUUCACAGAUGAUGAGGUCAUAGAAUAUGAUGGCGAGCUUGCUGCUGACACUCUUGUGGAGUUCAUCUAUGAUGUUCUAGAGGACCCUGUGGAAAUUAUUGAUAAUAGUAGGGAACUGAAAGGCUUCAAAAACAUUGAAGAGGAAAUCAAAUUGGUGGGCUACUUUAAGAGUCACAAGUCAGAACAUUUUUUGGCUUUCGCCGAUGCUGCAGAAGAGUUCCACCCUCACAUCAGCUUCUUUGCCACAUUCAAUACCAAGGUUGCCAAGGCUCUGGACCUGAAGCUCAAUGAGGUCGACUUCUAUGAACCCUUCAUGGAUGAUCCAGUGGUCAUCCCUGGAAAGCCUUACACUGAGGAUGAGCUGGUGAAAUUCAUUGAGGACAAUGACAGACCAACCCUGAGGAAGCUGCAACCACACAAUAUGUAUGAGAUCUGGGCUGACGAUAUGGAUGGUGAACAUAUCGUUGCUUUUGCAGAGGAAUCUGACCCAGACGGUUUUGAGUUCCUGGAGAUCCUGAAGGAAGUUGCAGAGGACAACACAGAUAACCCUGACCUCAGCAUUGUCUGGAUUGACCCUGAUGACUUCCCCCUGCUUCUGCCACAUUGGGAGAAGACUUUUGGCAUUGACCUGUCAUCUCCACAGAUUGGUGUUGUUGACACUAGUGAUGCUGACAGUGUGUGGAUGGACAUGGAUGAUGGAGAAGACCUGCCAUCUGUGGAUGAGCUGGAAGACUGGAUUGAGGAUGCUCUGUCAGGUGUAAUCGAUCCUGAUCAUGAUGAUGACGAUGAUGAUGAUGACGAUGAUGAUGAUGACGAUGAUGAUGAUGAUGAUGAUGAUGAUGAUGAUGAUGAUGAUGAUGAUGAUGAUGAUGAUGAUGAUGAUGACGAUGAUGAUGACGAUGAUGAUGACGAUGAUGAUGACGAUGAUGAUGAUGAUGAUGAUGACGACGACGACGACGAUGAUGAUGACGACGAUGAUGACGACGAUGAUGAUGAUGAUGACGAUGAUGAUGACGAUGAUGAUGAUGACGAUGAUGACGACGAUGAUGAUGAUGAUGAUGACGAUGAUGAUGAUGAUGAUUAUUAAAUCAUUAAGUCAUAACGUUGUCUUUAAGUCUGACCAAUGCAGUUUCCAGAGUCAACAUCAUCAACUCUGUCAGUAUCAUCUUUUGUAACUAGUUCUUUUGUUGAACUCAUCAGUUAAUUUUGAUAUCUCAUUAUUUCAUCAUCUGUUCUCUGCAUCUCACAGAACCAUGUUCCACCACUCAUUUAUACCUCUCCCCGACAUAUUCUGUAAUCCUCCAUGCAACAAAGUACUCUAUCACAUCCCACAGUACCUUUAUUCCCAGAUGUAACACAGUCUGGUACAAUAAAAGAAGAAAUUCCUUCAAAAACUUGCCAUCUAGCGCUAUUGAUUUUUAUAUUAUUAAAGUUUUUAUUUUACGAAGUACUGGAGGGGUUGCAAUGUUGUAUACAUUAUGUCUAAGUCCAUCUGUGGAGUCUGUCUGUCUUAUUUAUGUCCACAUAUUAUCAUCUUUUUUUUUGCCCCAGUAUUGAAACAGGUGCAGUCAGAUCCAAGGGUGCUAGCAGGCUUUUCUGACGGGUCCUAAGUAUCACCAGCUUACUCUCUGAACUCAAUGUAAUGUUAUACACUGAAAGUGCUGUACAUCAUAUGGAUUUUUUCUACGAUGAUGAAAUAUGACAACAGCCGUAUUCUAUUUUUGUAACAAGAGAAGUUUAAAUAACUGUAAAGUCUUAAAUAAACGACAGC